AGGCAGAUAAGGCAGACCGUAGCUACCACGUGGUUGACAUUAGGUUGAUUCCACGGUCGUCGUUUGUUGUUAAUACAGAAUAUUCUUUAUCGUUCUUACUUGUUUCCUUUUAUUGUGUGCUUUUAUCUUUAACCUUUUGGACUUUAGCGGGGCCUUUCCAACUGUAUAUUAUAUUCUACUUAAAAAAAUAGAAUCAUGUCAUCUAGCGAGGAUGAAAUGGUCGUAGAUGGCGAGAGUGAAGAAGAAGAUUCGCAAAAUGAUGAAGAGAGUGAAGACUGUCACGACGAAGAAAAUGUUGGCGACGCGAGCACUUCGCAGAGCGAUACAAAGAAAGAACCAAGACAAGUGUAUUUACCUGGACAUCAAAUGCAAGAAGGCGAAUCGUUAGUUUUUGAUCCGUCCGCUUAUCACAUGCUUCACGAUGUAGAUGCUGGGUUACCCUGUCUGAGUUUUGAUGUGAUAGCUGACGAUUUUGGUAAUAAUCGUACUGAUUAUCCACACACCAUGUAUUUGGUCGCUGGAAGUCAAGCAGAAAAACAAAAGGAAAACUGUGUUAUUGUCAUGAAGUUAUCAAAUUUGAAUGCAAUAAAAAAUGAUGAGAGUAGUUCUUCAGAUGACUCAGAUGUUGAAUCCGAUAGUAGCGAUGAAGAAUCGAACGACCAACCUGUCUUACAAAUAUCGACAUUACCUCAUUUUGGCACCAUAAAUAGAAUACGAAGUACAGCAGUUGAUGGAAAAGUAUUCGGAGCUGUGUGGUCUGAAAGAGGAAUUGUAAAUGUUUAUGAUUUAAAUACAAAAUUAAAAGAUGUUGAAAAAGCCAAAAGAAAUCGAAAAAUCGGCAGUGUAGAAAAGAAAAAAAAGUAUGGCAAACCUGUACCCAAACGAGUGAUUGCUGAACAUAAACCAUUACACUCGUUCUCGGGACAUCGUGAUGAAGGUUAUGCAUUAGAUUGGUCUUCUAAUACGCCUGGUGUAUUAGCUAGUGGCGAUUGCAAAGGAAAUAUACAUACUUGGAAGCCUACUGAAGGUGGCUGGGUCGUUAAUUUACGUUCGUUAGAUGGCCAUAAAGAAUCAGUUGAAGAUCUUCAAUGGUCUCCAAACGAACCUAACGUACUGGCUUCAUGUUCUGUUGACCGAUCGUUACGAAUUUGGGACACCCGAUUAGCGCCAAACAAAGCCAACAUGUUGACUAUAGCUGAUGCUCACGAUAAUGAUAUAAACGUCAUAAACUGGAACAAAAAAGAUCCUCUGAUUGUUUCUGGAGGUGAUGAUGGAAAACUGAUGAUUUGGGACUUGAGACAAUUUAAGAAAGGUAGUGAACUAGCUACAUUUAAACAUCAUACUAGUGCCAUUACAUCCGUUGAAUGGAGUCCAGAUGAUAGUUCAGUAUUUGCGUCGGGUGGUGAUGAUCAUCAAAUUGCGAUUUGGGAUUUGGCUGUUGAAAGAGAUACUACUAAUGAACAAGAUGAUAUAAAAGAAAUUCCACCACAACUUUUAUUUAUCCAUCAAGGACAAGAACACAUCAAAGAAUUACACUGGCACCCACAAAUUACAGGUGUACUUAUAAGUACAGCUCUAUCGGGCUUCAAUGUUUUUAGGACCAUAAGUAUAUAAAAAUAUAAGAGUAUAAAUAUAUACAAUUUAUUUCACA